AUGGCGAGUAACAACCAGUACAAGGACGCCCUCGACCUCAUCUUCAACGAUCUCAAGAGCCGAUACGAACACACGCGACAGAAUGCCGCGACACGUUUACUCGAUCAGUGUAAUGCUGCCAACCGCGAACUACCCAUCAACCAAUUCAACAGCUUCUACGCCGAUGUUAAUUCGCGCAUGGUGGCUCUCAUUCUUAGCGGAAACGAUACACACGAGCGCAUUGGAGGUCUCUACGCCUUGAAUGCUCUCAUCGACUUCAAGGGCGACGAUGCGGCGCAAAAGGUGACGAAGUUCAGUAACUACAUCAAGAGGACGCUGGAGGGCAAUGACACGACCGCGAUGGUCGUCGCAGCCAGGUGUCUGGGACGUUUGGCCACACCGGGUGGAGCUCUGACGGCAGAGCUGGUAGAGGCGGAAGUGAAGCACGCGUUGGAAUGGCUCACCUCGGAGCGAAACGAGAACAGACGCUUUGCGGCAGUGUUGAUCUUGCGAGAGCUGGCCAGAAACAGCUCGACGCUGCUUUACAUGUACAUUCCGGGCAUACUGGUCAGUAUCUGGGAGGGGCUGCGAGACCAGAAGGUCAUGAUCCGAGAGACCGCCGGAGAGGUCAUCUCGUCCUGUUUCAAGAUCCUCUCCGCUCGCGAUCCCCAGCAGCGCUUGACCUGCCUCACGCGGAUGUUUGAAGCUGCUCAAGAUGGAUUUCGACGCAACACAAUCGAAUGCAUCCAUGGCUCGUUGUUGACAUACAAGGAGCUCCUCGUGCAGGGCGGCAUGUUCAUGCACGGCACUAGAUACAGAGACGCCUGUGAAAGGGUGCUCAACCAGCCAUACCGCGAGCAUCGAGAUCCCACCAUCAGACGCACAGUCGUUGAGAUCAUACCUCUGUUGGCCGCAUAUGCGCCGAAAGACUUCUGCCACAACUACCUUGCUCGCUCCAUGCAGCAUCUCCAGACACUCCUCAAAGACCCGAAGCAGCGCAACAUGGCUUUUGUUGCCAUCGGAAAGAUUGCCAAUGCAGUUCAGUCAUCGAUCGCGCCUUAUCUGGACACGAUUCUCCUCCACAUUCGAGACGCACUCUCUGUCCGCAAUCGUACCAAGCACACCGAUGAGGCCCCGGUAUUUGAGUGCAUCAGCAUGAUCUCUAUCGCGGUCGGCCAGACCCUAAGCAAAUACAUGGAGGCCCUUCUCGACCCGAUCUUUGCUUGUGGUCUUUCAGAUGCCCUCACUCAGGCCUUGGUCGAUAUGGCACACUACGUUCCAUCAGUCAAGUCAACAAUCCAGGAGAAAUUGCUUGAUCUCCUUAGCAGAACGCUCUGUGGCCAAUCAUUCCAGACUCUUGGCCAUCCCACACAGGGCAAGGGCCUUCCGCCGAUAUAUACAAAAGAAUACAGGGACCAGAGAGACCCGCAGCACCAAGAGCAUAAGGACCAGGAAAUCGCUCUGGCUCUGCACACUCUCGGAUCCUUCGACUUCAGCGGACACAUCCUGAACGAGUUUGUUCGUGACGUUGCGGUUCGCUACGUAGAAGAUGACGACCCGCAGAUACGCAAGGCCGCCGCCCUCACCUGCUGUCAGCUCUUCGUCAAGGACCCUAUUGUUCACCAGACGAGCCACCACGCAAUACAAGUGGUGUCAGACGUCAUUGAGAAAUUGCUCACGACUGGCGUGGCAGAUCCACAUCCUGACAUACGGCAGACGGUGCUCGCGUCUCUGGAUCAGCGCUUCGACCGUCAUCUUGCGAAAGCAGAGAACGUGCGCACGCUUUUCUUGGCCUUGAACGAUGAAAGAUUCCCGAUUCGCGAAGCGGCCAUGACCAUCAUCGGAAGACUCACGGCUGUCAAUCCGGCUUACGUCUUUCCAUCACUCCGCAAGGUCUUGAUCCAAUUGCUGACCGAAAUCGAAUACUCCAACAGCGCAAACAACAAGCGAGAAUCAGCGCAACUCAUCAGCCACCUGGUGGGAGCUAGCAGCAAAUUGAUCAAGCCUUACGUUGACCCGAUGGUCACGGUGCUGCUGCCAAAGGCGGAGGACAGCAAUACCGAUGUAGCUGCCACUACCCUGCGAGCCAUUGGUGAUCUGGCAAGUGUCGGAGGUGAUGGCAUGGUCAAGUAUAUUCCGGAGCUCAUGAAGAUCAUCAUUCGAAGCUUGCAGGAUCUAGCAGCACCGAAGAAGCGAGAAGCUGCGCUGUGCACGUUGGGCCAGCUUGCCAGCAACAGCGGCUAUGUUAUCGAUCCUUACACGGACCAUCCCGACUUGCUGACAAUUCUGGUCAACAUUGUCAAGAACGAGCCUCCUGGAGACCUUCGUCGGGAGACUAUCCGUCUCAUGGGUAUUCUAGGAGCUUUGGAUCCGUACAAGCACCAACAGGUGAUCGAGGAAUCACCAGAGUCAAAUCUCAGAGCCGAGGCCGAAGCCGAGUCAGAUGUCACAUUGAUCAUGAAAGGGAUCACGCCGAGUAAUGAAGAAUACUACCCUACAGUCGUCAUUAACACACUGAUGGGCAUGCUGAAGGAGGACACUCUGAAGCAAUAUCACUCCGGCGUGGUGGAAGCAGUGAUGAACAUAUACGCGACCAUGGGCAUGAAGUGUGUGCCUUUCCUCAGCACUGUUGUUCCUGGUAUUGUCAGUGUGCUCAAGGAUGCGACGUCCGAUGUCCGUCUGGAAGGAUACUUCAAUCAGCUCAGCUUACUGGUAAAGAUUGUUCGUCAACACAUCCGCCCUCACCUGCAUGUCAUUCUUGAUGCCAUCAACGAUCACUGGUAUAAGAGCAUGCAACUCCAAGCGACCAUACUCAGCCUUAUCGAGAGCAUUGCCAAGAGCUUGGAAGGCGAAUUCAAGGUUUAUUUGGCCAACGUCCUCCCACUCAUGCUCGGUGUUCUCGAUGCUGACAAUCGCACCGAUUCGGGCAAGGCAGCUUGCCAGAGAGUGCUUCAUGCGUUCCUGGUUUUUGGCGCAAGUGCAGAGGAAUACAUGCAUCUUAUUAUCCCCGUUAUCGUGCGGAUGUUUGACGCGGCCGAAGGACGUUACCGACAUCGCGACGUCCGCAAAGCCGCAAUAGAGACGAUUGGUCGUUUAAGCAAGCAAGUGAACAUUUCAGAGUUUGCCGCCAAGAUCAUUCACCCACUCGCCCGCGUGCUGCAGGGCAGCGAACCUACUCUCAAAGCACCAGCAAUGGAGACAUUAUGCGCACUCAUUUUUCAACUUGGCCAAGACUUUCUACACUUCGUGCCAACCAUCGACAAGAUCUUACAACAGCAGCGCAUCAACUUCACAGCGUACAAUCUCAUCAUCAAUAAGUUGAGGAAGCACGAGGCUUUGCCGCAGGACCUUAGUCCAGAUGAGAGAUACAACGAUGAAGACGACGACCAGUACCCAACUGAGAUCGCGACCAAGAAACUGGCUGUCAACCAGCAACAUCUUAAGAAUGCAUGGGAAGCGAAUCAAAAAUCAACCAAAGAAGACUGGCAAGAAUGGAUGCGCCGCUUCUCGGUCGAAUUGCUCCGGGAAAGUCCCCAGCAGGCGCUCAGAGCCUGCACCAAUCUUGCCAGCAUAUACGCACCACUGGCCCGCGGUCUAUUCAACAGCGCUUUCGUCAGCUGCUGGACGGAGCUGUAUGAUCAAUAUCAAGAAGAGCUUGUGCGCUCGAUUGAAGUUGCUCUCACGAGUCCUAACAUUCCUCCUGAGAUCCUGCAAAUUCUUCUCAACCUUGCGGAGUUCAUGGAGCACGAUGAUAAGGCUUUGCCGAUCGACGUACGUACGCUUGGCAUGUAUGCUGGCAAGUGCCAUGCAUUUGCCAAGGCAUUGCAUUACAAGGAGCUUGAGUUCAAUGCAGAGCAGAAUGCGAGUGCUGUAGAAGCGCUGAUCUCGAUCAAUAACCAACUGCAACAGACAGAUGCUGCGUUUGGUAUUCUUCGCAAAGCACAAGGAUACCACGAUGUCGAUCUAAAGGAAACAUGGUUCGAGAAACUGCAACGCUGGGAGGAAGCUCUGAUGGCGUACCAGACGCGCGAAGAGAGCGAGGGCGGACCUCAGAACGCCUCGUUUGAAGUCAUCAUGGGCAAGAUGCGAUGCUUACAUGCGUUGGGUGAAUGGGAUACACUUUCCCAGAUCGCUCAGGACAAGUGGGCGACAGCGACCACUGACAAUAAAAGGCACAUUGCACCGCUGGCCGCUACUGCAGCGUGGGGUAUGGGCGAAUGGGACACGAUGGACGAGUACCUGAAGGACAUGAAGCAACAUACUCCCGAUCGAAGCUUUUUUGGUGCGAUCCUCUCGAUCCACAGAAAUCACUUCGAAGAAGCUCACGGCCACAUCACCAAGGUGAGAGAUGCUCUUGACACCGAGCUUAGCGCGCUUCUCGGAGAGAGCUACACGCGUGCAUACAGUGUCAUUGUCCGAGUUCAGAUGCUUGCCGAGCUGGAAGAAAUCAUCACCUAUAAGCAGCACGAGAAUGACCCGGAGAAGCAGGAGCGUAUGCGUGCCACCUGGACGAAGAGACUGAAAGGUUGCCAGCGCAAUGUCGAAGUAUGGCAAGCGAUGCUCAAGGUUCGAGCACUUGUCAUUACUCCUCAGGAGAACGUCGAGAUGUACAUCAAGUUUGCAUCUAUCUGCCGCAAAGCCCAGAGAAAUGGCUUGGCAGAAAAGACGCUAAACAGUCUCCUAGGAUUUCGCAGCGAUGGCAAGAACGGCAGCGUGCAGACGCUCCUUUCAGAUCAAGAGUGCUGGAACAAAGUCAAGAUGGCACCUUAUCCAGUCCAAUAUGCUACUUUCAAGUUUCUUUGGAGCAUCGAUCAACAGGAGCCUGCUGUGGCUGCUCUCGUGGACUUCACCAUGAGACUGCGUAACGAUUUCGAGGAGCGCAAUGCUGCGGCUCUGACGGGAACCAGUACGCACGUGAACGGCAUGAAUGGAAGUCACGGCGCUCUGCUGAACGGUAGCCAUGACCUCAAUGGUAUCAACGGUAUACGCAGCACCGGGCCGUUCGGCUCGCCAAACGCUCACCAAAUCUCCCCGCGAGAAAAGGCCGAGCUGGAAGAAUGGAAGAUGCUCCUUGCUCGUUGCUACCUCAAGCAAGGUGAUUGGCAAGUCAAGUUGCACAAUGGGGAUUGGCAGUCGGAACACGUUCAAGACGUCCUCCAAGCGUAUUAUUCGGCGACAAGAUACAAUGAGAAUUGGUACAAGGCUUGGCAUGCAUGGGCACUUGCAAACUUCGAGGUUGUCACGUCUCUUACGGCGGCAGACCGAGAGCAAGCAGACGUGCCGCCGUACAUUUACUCGGAGCAUGUCGUCCCUGCGAUAAAAGGCUUCUUCAAGAGUAUUGCGCUUUCAUCGAGCAGCUCUCUGCAGGAUACCCUGCGGUUGCUGACACUGUGGUUCGCGCAUGGCUCCCAUCAAGAAGUCACCCACAGUGUUACACAGGGCAUCUCAUCCGUCAGCAUCGACACCUGGCUUGAGGUCAUACCGCAGCUCAUUGCGCGUAUCAACCAACCAAGCAAACUCGUUCGCGAAGGUAUUCACAAUUUGCUCGUCGAGAUUGGGCGCGCGCAUCCACAAGCCCUUGUGUACCCUCUGACGGUCAGCAUGAAGAGCGACACAGGCAAUCGAUCUCGCUCUGCUGCCAGAAUCAUGGAGGCGAUGAGACAACACUCGCCCAAACUAGUAGAGCAGGCUCGUCUCGUGAGCCACGAGCUUAUUCGUAUUGCUGUACUCUGGCACGAGCAAUGGCACGAAGGUCUCGAAGAAGCCUCUCGUCUCUACUUUGGCGACCACAACAUCCAAGGUAUGCUCAACCAGCUCGAGCCUCUACAUGAGAUGCUGCGAAAGGGUCCGGAGACGUUGCGCGAGAUUUCAUUCAUCCAGUCCUUCGGUCGUGACCUCAAUGAAGCUCGAGACUGGUGCGAAGCGUACAAGUCGACCAAGGAGAUUGGAGACUUGAACCAAGCGUGGGAUCUCUACUACGGAGUAUUCAAGAGGAUCGCUCGCCAAUUGCCACAACUGAUGAGCCUCGAUUUGCAGUACGUCUCGCCAGAGCUCAAGAAUGCGCAUGACCUCGAUCUUGCUGUUCCUGGCACGUACCAGAGUGGUAAGCCUGUGAUCCGAAUUCAGAGCUUCGACCCGGUGGCCAGCGUAAUUUCAUCGAAGCAACGUCCUCGCAAGUUGAGCAUGAGAGGUAGCGAUGGAAACAAGUACGACUUCAUCAUCAAAGGACACGAAGAUAUUCGACAGGACGAGAGAGUCAUGCAGCUCUUCGGACUGGUCAACACAUUGCUCUCGACGGAUCCAGAGUGUCUCAAGCGACAUCUCAAUAUCCAGCGUUACGCAGCCAUCCCGCUUUCGACGCAAGCUGGUCUGUUGGGUUGGGUACCAAACUCAGAUACACUGCACGUGCUAAUCCGCGAGUAUCGCGAAAGCCGCAAGAUUCUCCUGAACAUCGAGCAUCGUAUAAUGCUGCAGAUGGCGCCGGAUUAUGACAAUCUCACUCUGAUGCAGAAGGUCGAAGUAUUCGGUUAUGCGCUGGACAACACCACUGGCCAGGACCUGUAUAGAGUGCUAUGGCUGAAGAGCAAGUCGUCGGAGGCUUGGCUCGAUCGACGAACCAAUUACACUCGCUCGCUUGGAGUGAUGUCAAUGGUCGGAUACAUUCUCGGACUGGGCGAUCGUCACCCAAGCAACUUGAUGCUGGACCGCAUCACAGGCAAGAUCAUCCACAUCGAUUUUGGUGACUGCUUUGAGGUCGCCAUGCAUCGUGACAAGUAUCCGGAACGAGUACCCUUCCGCCUCACGAGAAUGUUGACAUUCGCCAUGGAGGUCAGCAACAUUGAGGGAUCGUUCCGCACGACAUGUGAGCAUGUAAUGAGACUGCUACGCGGCAACAAGGAGUCAUUGAUGGCAGUACUUGAGGCCUUCAUCCACGAUCCGCUCCUCACAUGGCGUCUUGGGGAUACUCAGUCUCCCACGGAGCCAUCUUUUGCUUCUGAGCGUCGCACAUCGAUCAUGGGUGCUCCUGAUGCAGGUGCUGCUGCGCCGAGGAGGCCUUCUGUCAUGGGCGGUGAUCCCAACAACGUCAUGCCGGAGCGCCCCAGUACUUCGUUCCGGCCACGCAACCGCCUUAGCACGGCACAAACGAAUGGCAACGUGGACGCGGUGGAGAAGGAAGUGCAGAACGCGCGAGCUUUGCAAGUGCUCAGUCGGGUGAAGGAGAAGUUGACGGGGCGAGACUUCAAGAAGGAGACGGAGCUGAACAUCAACGAGCAAGUGGAGAAACUUCUCAGUGAGGCGACGAACCUGGAGAACCUCUGCCAGCAUUACAUAGGAUGGUGCAGUUUCUGGUGA